AUGGCUCCUCAGAAAGAGGGACGCAAGAUUGCCAUCAUCGGAGCCAGCGGAAAUGUGGGACGUCCUACAGUCAAAGCCCUUCUUACUCAGGGAGUUCACAGCAUCACCGUUGUUCAACGCCUUGAAGCCACCAGCAAAUUCCCGCCCGGAGUAACCAUCAAGUCGGGAGAUCUACAGGACGGAUCUUUCCUGGCCAAUGCGUUUCAGGGUCAGGAUGUAGUGGUCCUGAUGCCACCACUUCCCCAUAUGAUAAGCAUCCAGGAGUCCGUUAUACGCGCAGCUGCUAAAGUCGGUACUCCAUACAUUCUUCCCGCCGAGUAUGGCCCGGAUCCUUUUGCUCAUCGGCUUGUUGAGCAGAACCAGCUUCUGCAGGAUAAGAAAAGGAUUCGCGACUUGAUAAGUGAACUUGGUGUGGCAAGCUGGAUCUCCAUAACUGUCGGCCCCUUCCUCGACAUGAAUAUCAAGAGCGGCCUCUGGGGUAUCGACGUUGAGAACCGCAAAGCCACUAUAUGGGACGGCAAAGUCGGCAAGGUCAGCGCUUCCGGCCUGACUUAUACAGGUCAAGCAAUAGCAGCAGUCCUCACUCUUCCCGAAGAAGCAUUGGCACAGUACAAGAACAAGGCAGUUUAUGUGCCUGCCUUUCACUUCACACAGCAGGAGCUCUUGGAGACUGUGCAGAGAGCAAUGGGGACGAUGGAAGAGGGCUGGGCUAUAGAGUACCAGGACAUACAUGAUGCUCUCAAGGACUGCGAGGCCAAGAUCCAACAACGGGAUAGCAAUGGUCCAUUCAUCAAGUUUUUCUUGACUCAUUUCCAGGAAGGUAGCGGAGGUGACCUCCAGCAGAAAGUCAAUAAAGAUGAGCUAAGGAAGUUACACGAACUUGGACUUGUGGAUCAGGCUUUGGAAGAUGUCGUCAGGGCCUCAUUGUAG